AUGACUGGAGUGGAACACCUGGCCGGCUCGUCAGGCUGCUACGCCUCAGACGGAUCAUCGAGCUCCCACACCUCAGCGGGAUCGACAGGCUUUCACGCCUCUGCCGGAUCAUCGAGCUCCCACACCUCAGCGGGAUCGACAGGCUUUCACGCCUCAGCCGGAUCAUCGAGCUCCCACACCUCAGCGGGAUCGACAGGCUUUCACGCCUCAGCCGGAUCAUCGAGCUCCCACACCUCAGCGGGAUCGACAGGCUUUCACGCCUCAGCCGGAUCAUCGAGCUCCCACAUCUCAGCGGGAUCGACAGGCUUUCACGCCUCAGCCGGCUCACCAGGCUCCCACGCCUCUUGCUGA